AAAACGCGUCCUUGUUCAGGUCCUGCACGACCGCGCCCAAAUGUCGGCCCUCUCGCUCAGCGCUCUCGGCGCGGGGGAUCCCUCCUCGUCCAUCAUGCGUCCCAGCCCCUCCCCCAAGUCUGCCCAGGUCGACCUCUCUUCACUUCAGGGCGCCAGCCGCGUUCUACAGGAGCAACUCGUGAAAGACUCGCAGGCGAUCCCGGACCUGGGGGACACCCUGAGCAUUCCGGGUCAGCAGGCGAGUGCGUCGUACAGCGUGGCGGCCGACGACGCGCGCAUGCCGUACCAAAAGCGCGCUCUUCUGCGUAUACCGGAUGCGUUGGUUCAGUAUGCUACAACGACCAAGGUCAACAUGGCUAUGGGGCUUCUCCCCGAGAUCGAGCGCGCAUGGAUCGCGAUUGACCACCAGCUAUUCCUCUGGGACUACAACGAAGGGCAGGAGAUCAACUCGUUCGUGGACCAGCCAGACGUUAUACGCGCGGUCGCGGUCGUGAAGCCCAAGCGGGGGCUGUUCAUCGAAGCCAUACAACACCUGCUCGUCAUCUGCACGAAGUUGUCCGUGCUACUCAUCGCGGUCUCCCUCGCGCCAGGAGAAGGGGGCCGCAAAGACCUCAGCAUGUACGCGACGGACCUGAGUGUGCCCACGGACGAGGUCCAAAUGACGUCCGUUGUUGGGACGAAUGACGGUCGAAUAUUCAUGUGCGGCGCGGACGACGGGAACCUCUACGAACUGCACUACCAGGAGAGCGAAGGCUGGUUUGGGAAGCGCAUACAGCUGAUCAACCACUCCGCUGGCGGUGUGCAAUCGUUCUUGCCCCGGUUCACGACUUCAGCAGCCACAGAUCAGAUUCGCUCCGUCGUGUCCGACCCCGACAGGAAUAUGAUCUAUACCUUGACUGCGAGCAACUCUAUAGGCGUCUACCGCCUGGGCGCCGAAAAGAAACUCGACCAUGUUCAGACUUUGUCCAGCGUCUUCAAACAAGCCCAAGACAAAGCUCCCGCGGCCCCAGCCUUGACACCAAAUAACUUCGAGAUAUCUACUCUGCACGUCAUCGAGCCUAAGGAGUCUCGUCUGGGCGUGCAGCUCAUGGCAGUCACCAAGAACGCUGUGCGUUUGUACUUUGCUGCAGCCUCCCCCUACAACUAUGCGUACGGCUAUAACUCUGGCGGUCGUGCGCUGCAAUUGAUACACGUCCGCCUGCCGCCCGUCAAUCUGCCUCAUCCUCUCCGUCAAGCACAGUCGUUACGCCCUGGCUUCCGCGGUCAGCCUCCAGCUGCCGGUGGCAAUGUACCAACAUUUGUUGUCUCCGCGGUCGAAAACGCGGCAUAUUCGAACGGCUUGCUUGUCGCCUCGCAACCCGCAAGCGACAUGAACGACUUCAUCCUCUGUCUCUCGCCCGACCUCACCAGGAUAGGCAAUCUUGGACAAGUCCCCGCGCAAGCACCACCUCAGUCGACCUACUCUGGCGCACUCACCGCGGGCGGACCACCUCGUCCGCCACUUACAGAACAAGCUGUGCUUCUGGACAUACCACUGGGGACUUGGGCCAUUGCGCCGGCCCCGAAGACCUUCGCGCCGCCAACGCCCAACGACACACCCACACCUGUCGUCAUCAACGAGUUGGCGAGCCAAACUGGCGAGAGCCCGCCUCAGUUCAUCAUCAUGACCAGUGAGGGCUUGGUCUUCAUCGCGAAGCGGCGCGCCAUCGACUACCUGAAGGCGAUUAUCGAGGACUACGAGUCGGAUCGGGAUAUUCAGCCAAUGCUGCUUUUCCGGGACGGAUUUGGCCGCGACCAGACGUGCGCUAUGUUGCUGGCUCUUGCGGCUGGAAACUCUUUCGUCGACUUCAACCCCGCAUCGAACAUGGGUGCGACCGUCAAGCAGGCGUUCUUUGAGCUUGGCGAGCGCCCGACAUUCACCGAGAGGAUUACGUAUGGAGCGCCUACGACUGGAGAGAGCCAGGGAACAACGACCUACAGUGGCAAGCGGGAAGGCCUUGCGGUCUACCUUGCAAGAUUACUUCGCCCUUUCUGGAAGGCCAGGUUGUUGGACGUAACAGGGACCGCCUUCUCCGUGUCGACGGACGUGCUGAAUACUAUUCAAACUAAUCUCAUGUCGUUGAAGUCUUUCCUUGACCAGAACCCUUCCCUGUUCCACGGUGUACCCUUGGACGCUUCGAGCUCUCGUUCUGGCGCCAAUAUUCCGGACCAGCAGGCCAUCAAGGAAGAGCAGCGGUCCGUCGAGCAACUGAUCAGCCUUCUCGGGCGUACCAUCGAGGCCUUGGAGUUCGUCUCUUUCAUGAACUUGAACCAACUGAGCAACCUCGUUCCUCGAUGCAGUGCAGAACUACGGAAGGAGUUGGCGGGGCUGACGUUCGAGGGUCUUAUCACGACCGAGGCCGGGAUGUCGGUGUCGCGCGCCCUCAUCAAUGUGCUUAUCGACCAGCAGAUGACCGGCCAGAUGGAGAUCGACACCGUCAGCGAGACGCUGCAGCGCAAGUGUCCGUCAUUCUGCAGCGCUGAGGAUGUCAUGCUGUACAAGGCCGCGGAGAGCAUGAACAAAGCCGCCGACGCCAAGACACCUGCUGAGCGCCAGCACUGGUGCAACGAGUCCCUGAUGCUCUACGUAAAGGGUGCUCGCACGCUUGAGUUCCAAAAGCUCAGGAAAGCUGUCGGCGAAUUCAGAGACCUCGAUUAUCCUAAAGGCGCCAUCGAACUGCCCUUGGCCUGCGCGAAGGCACUUGAUCAGGAAGAGCGUGGACGCCAAUUCUGGAGGAAUGGCUGUCUUCCAGGUGACCCUGGUCAAGCCCAAUUCCAGCAGCGGAAAGCAUGCUACGAUCUCAUCGCGGGCUGCUUGGAGGAGUUUGAGGAGAGAGCUGCCCAACAGGAACAACAGGGAACGCCGCCUGAGCAGCGGCUGAAUCUGAUCGCCUACCAAAUUGCGUUCGACAGUGACGACGAGCUAUUCCAUGCUCAUCUCUAUCAAUGGCUGAUUGGACGCGGGCUCUGGGAAGACCUGUUGGAUCAACGACCGCCGUUCUUGGAAGCGUACCUGUCUAGGGAGCCUGCCGAUCAAGAGCGAUACGACCUACUCUGGCGGUUCUACAUCAAGAAUGGACAGAAUUUGCACGCAGCGCAAAUCCUCGCAUGCAUGGCCGACAACGACAAGUUCGAGGUCGAAUUGAAUGAGAGGGUCGCGUGGCUCACACUCGCUGUCGGUAAUGCCAAGUCUCACCCGAUCACCCCAAAUACGGCUGUCGACUCCGGCAUCGCGUUUUUGACUGACUUGGAGGAAAAGCUUGAGGUCGCCCAGGUGCAACUGGAUAUUUACGCGUACUUGAACGCGCAGAAAGCAGAGUGGCCUCCCGAGGCACAGAAACUCGUUGACGACCUCAAUGGCAAGUUGUAUGACCUUAACUCAUUAUGGGACAACUAUGCAAUUAGGUUCCAGCUGCGUCCUAUACAGCUCUUGUGCUUGCACAUAGGGGAUGUACGCGAUGAGGGGAUGGUGCGAGGCAUAUGGGAUGGGCUCUUCCGCGAGGCCGUCGAGGUGGCUGAGGAUGCCAUAGCGCAAGCGGAUCAGAUACGGGCACGAGUGGUUCCACUGGGACAGCGCUUCUACCCGUCUGAUAGCGCAUUCCCGCUGCGGAUCGUCGCGCAGCUGCUCGUGCGAUUCAGACUAAACCACAAGGGACAGCUUGAGGACGGAUGGCCUGCACGCAUUCUCAUCGACUGCGGCGUCCCAUACGCAGAGAUAUGGGACAUCUUCCAUGAGAUGUAUGAAUCGCAGAUUCCGCCGUUCAACACGCAGGACAACGUUCAGACGGUGUCCAGCGACAUCGCUGUCUUGCUCAACGCCUGGAUACAGGAGGCGCGGCGCCCACAACCCAACGCUCAAGCGCGCGGUGAGGUACCGGUUGCUCGCCUUGACGAGGUCGUCGAGCAAUACCUGCGCGAAGUGGCUCCAGAUAGGACGGCGACACGGCAGUUGUACGAGGAGGUGCGGAGGCAGCUACGGAGAAGUUGGUAAGGGUUGAUAGGUGUAAUUUGCAUAUGCUGUCGAUGUAACUUGUACAUGCGCUUUGUUUUCCGGAAUACACCACAUACACAACGAGGGUUUGAGCUAUAGAUUGCAUCAUGCUGGCACAGUGACGGCAAGCUCAAGGAUCAUGACCCUCGAGAUUCCCUG